AUGCUAUCUGAACGCAAGGCUAUUGCAAAAAGCCCACACUCGUCGGAGGGACCUGUUGCGAAGACUCCUGACACCAAAAUGACUGUCUAUUCUCCCGAAGAGCUCAGGGUCCCAUUGUCAUCUCGUGCUCAGCAGAAUUUCCGCCGGUCUUUUGAUGGGAUGGCUACUUUCUCCGUUUCACCUGCCGUGGAUCCAUUCAUGGGAUCUGAUUACUCUCGCCUGUCUUCCGCCAACGUCGAUUUCCGUCGUUUUGGCUUUGGUGACGGUAAACCUAAUGCCUCUCACGAGAGCCCUGUACGAGCAGUCAACUUCGCUGGAUUGCCAACCCCACACACAGAUUCUCGUCCGGGCAAGCUGCAUCUUUCUGAGAACGAUACUCUGGCCAGUCCCUUUUCUGGUUCUCGUGGCAAUCUGGGGCUCAAUUCUGGUCGAGUUGAAUCUGCCUUCUUCCCUCCUAAGGCUCGUACUUUGAUCAUCGAGGCCGUCUCUCCUGCCAUAUCCCAUUUGACCGUGGCCAGUAUCUUCUCACGCCGCGAGUUCGGAAGCAUUCAAGGUCCUUACCUCUCGGAGCUCAAGUCAUUGGGGAAGUUUGUUGUCGAGUUCACCGAUCUACGUGAUACCCAGCGAGCCCUUGAAAAGAUCCAGCUCACUCAUCCCGAGUGGCGAGUAAUUCCUCUCCUAGCUCGUGAAUGCGCACAAGAGUCCCACGGUCUUGUUGGAGGUAUCUCUGAUUUUGAAGGCCAAAUUUCUAUCAGCGUCCUCAUCCACGGCCACAACGAUAUGGAUGUGAACUCCCUUGUUCAGGGUUUGGUCAAGAGUUUUGGUACUCUGGUCUCUUUCAAGAUUCCUUUUCUGCAGGCAGACAACAUCAAGAAGUUCUACGUCGAGUUUUGUGACACCACUGAUGCCGCGAAUGCGGUAGCUGUUUUGAACGGUGCAGUCAUUGAGAAUCUUGGGCUUGAGGCCAAGCACGUUCGUCCUGACGUUGAGUCUACCUCUGGCAGCUUGCUACAGCAGUUCAUGAAUACUCAUGACAACAUCUCACCCAAGAAUAACUCCCCUUGCCAGAUUGGUGGAUGUGCUCGUGAUCACAGCUACGUCUUGAGUCCAACUGGUCGUUCUACCGUCCCUGUGGAUGACAUCUCAGACAUCAUGGGCAUCCUUUCACCAGUUCAGAAAAUGCCCAGUCUUGAUUCGUUGCCUCAGCACUCUGACGGCCGCUUUUCCGAUCAGCGUCCCAAGCAUCCUCAGAAUGUCGUUGAUGUGAAUCGCAUUCGCAAGGGUCUUGAUGUCCGCACUACCAUCAUGCUUCGCAACAUUCCCAACAAGGUGGACUUGUCUCUUCUCAAAACUAUCGUCGAUGAGACCAGCUUCGGAAAGUAUGACUUCAUGUACUUGAGAAUCGACUUCGCCAACAACUGCAAUGUCGGCUAUGCAUUUAUCAACUUCGAAGAUCCUCUCGACAUCAUUGACUUCGUCGAAGCGCGUGCUGGUCAUACCUGGAACUGCUUCAACAGCGACAAGGUUGCCGAGGUCUCCUAUGCUACUAUCCAGGGGCGUGACUGCUUAAUCCAAAAGUUCCGCAACAGCUCCGUUAUGCUCGAGGAUCCUUCCUUCCGCCCAAAGCUGUUCUACACCGGCACUGGCCCCCUCGCUGGAACUGAGGAGCCCUUCCCUGGUCCUAACAAUAUGUCGAAAAUGCGUCGCAGCGUCGAGAAUGCAGAACAAGUCGGUCUUUUUGCUCCUCGUAUAAGCCGCGAAGGUCGCCGUGGACAUACAAUCCGUGCUGACUUGCCCACGUCUCUUCGUCACUGUUUAAGCCCUCCUCGCCGUCAGGGACUUUCCGGCAUGUCUCCUAUGACUUCCCCCCUUGCUCUUCGCCGCGGUGUUUGA